CGUUUCAUGUGAGGGAAAAGCGAAACAGCGCUCAGGGGGAACUAGCUGUCCUCACGUUGCCCCCGGCAGCCCCAACCCCAAGGGCUCAGGGAAGAGCUGCCGGCGGCAGCCCCGACGCUGCGGGGCACCGGGAGACGCGCGCCGCCUCGCCCUGCACGGCCGUGAUUGCGGGAUUUAAUUAGGAAGGAGGAGCCCGGUUGCCGACUGAGCAGCAGUUAUUAUUAUUUUAUUUUUAAAGGGGGCCUGAUUCCUGCAGUAAAGGCUUCCGCGUCUCCUCACUCAUUCUUCCACCCUGGCGGCCAGCUCUUGCGGAGCCGCAGUUGCUCCGCCGCGCACUUCUGCUUCUGUUCGAUGAACCCGCGCCCGCCCCGCGCAAUCUCGAAGGAGCAGGGAAAGCAGGCUCAGCCCCAGAAAGGUGCGAGAGAAUCCCCUCACCCCCAGCUGGCCCGACCGCCGCGCCCCUGCCUGCGCCCGCCUCCUACUCCUCCUCGGCGCCCUGGGCAGCGCCCACCGGCCGGCGGCGUCCGGGAAAGGCCACGGGAGGAACGUCGCCCGGGAAAUGAGGAGCAUCCCAGGGUUGCCAGCCAAGAGCCCGAACCUCAGAGUCCUGGCGAGGCUCGGCCGCUUUGUCUGGGCUCAGGCAUAUCUUCAGAGCCCACCAGCCGGGAAGGGAACAAAGAGCCUCGACCCCCACGCCCCAGCCUCCGCCUCUCCCGCACGCGCCGGUUCACCACCUUCCUGAAGACCCCUUUGUCUGCCUGGGAAGCACAGGUCUACCGGGGGUGCCCACACCCCCGCCCUUUCUGACAAUCGAGCUAGGCUGAAUUUUCAACCCACCCACUCCCUGUGUUAACGACAUCAUACAGUUCGGCGUUCCCCCCCCCCCAACAUAGACCAUUUAGAGAUUUGUUGAUGCAUAACA